CAUACGAGAAGAGACCCCGAAAAUAAAGGACUGGACCAAUUGGAAGAAAGGAAAAGUGCAGAAUGGUGCGUCCCACUCGCUCCAGUUCGAUUCUUGUGGCUGAGGAAGCCAAACGAAUCAACGCCAAUCUAAUCCAUCCCAACCACACUGCACCGAAAGAUCAACGCUCAGAUUUCUCCCACACACACUCGACUCAACAGCUACCAAUAUCUGACCGUUGAUUUAAUGCUCUCCUACACUUUUCCUUCUUUGUCGUUAUUUAUUUCCUUCAUGUCUUUCAUUUCUUUGCUUCUCAACUCAGUGGUUCUCUUCACAGUUUCGCCGAUUUUGCUCUUUCGCCUUUCUCACUUUUGAAGGGGAAAUUGGUGGUGUGUUGUUUAAGGAAAUCUAUCAAUCACGAUGCCUGAUGAUACUGCUGCAGAAGCAUGUCAUGAUGGUGGGAGGGGUGAAGCUCUAGCAAUGACCAGGAACCGGUCGGCGUGGAUGGAUCAUUGGAUGAAGUCAAGUUAUAGAUCAGCAUCCCCUGCUUGGAAUCGUUUGGGAGUAGAUUGUGAGCUGAAAGAAGAGAAAGAAGACGGCGGUGCUGAGCAGCAUGGUUUGCUUGGUGGGAUAGAUAGUUCUAUGCACGCUGGAGCAGUUGGAGAAGCAGUUAGGGCCACAAGUGUUAACUUCAACAGUGAGGCAGACAAUGAAAAAGCGAAGAAGGCAUGCUGUGAUUCCAAAUCAUUUCCUACACUGAAAUUUACUGGAAAGUUGGAAGAUGGGAAAUCUGAAACUGAACUCUGCUCUGGAGAUGGCACUGUUUCUCUCAACAGAGCUGGGACUUCCCGAGCAGGCUUAUCAUCAAUACCUGCACAUGUUCCUCUGAACAUUGAAACCGUAGUAAAAGAGUGUCAAGUGUUGUCUCAAGAAGUUUUACCGACAGCUCUGCUGAUGAAAUCUCCGUGGGAUGUUGAACAGCAGAACCUCACUGUUUCAGCAUCACUAUGGGAUGAUUUUGUAAAAUCAGCUUCUGACGCAGUGCCAACUGGACGUAGCAAAGGGAAAGCUGUGAUGUCCCAACUCACGCAUGAACCGUUUGAAAUCUGUCAAUCCAGCUACAAUUUAGCAGCCAGAGGGCGAUUCGAAAGUUCCAAAUAUCACUCCUUUUCGUCUCUUUUAAUCAGCGAGAAGAAAAUGAGCAGCCUCUUAAAUCCCCAAAGAUCCUUUUUUUCAAGAUGGAUGCAAGGUGGUAUCACUCGUUUACCGCAUGAUUCAGCAGCUGGUAGCGGCGAUAGCUUAUGUUUUGUUGGUGGUAAGCAACAUGAAAUUGAAAAAUAUGUUUCUAAUCCAAAUAUGACGUGCCAGACUGAAUCCUCUGAGGCAGAUAAACUACAAAAGUUGUGUGGACUAAACUCCGUGGUAGACCAAAUUCCCUGUUCUAUUCAUGAUGUGGAAUCUAUGAAGAUAUACACCAGUAUAGAUUCAGUUGAAGAAUCGUCUAGAGGACGUCCCAAAAUUUCCCAGGCAACUCACCAUAUUCUAAUGUCAAAAAAUACUGAUGUUACCUUCUCUGACAGAGGUAAGUUCUUUAGAGAGCCAAUAGCACCUAUCAAAUUCAAAGGAAACGCUUUCAAUGAGAUCUUUGAUUUCUCUCCACCCACGAGUGGCCAUGCUCUGAAGCUGGAAGGUAUAGGAAGCUCCAUAAAGAGUGGAGGAAAGGAAAAUUUCCACGAUUUUAAAUUUCCAACAUGCCUGAAGAACGAGUCAUCUGCUGAAACAGAUACUAUGGACAUCGGUGCUUUACAUAAGAAUGAUCUUCUCGGUGAUGUUUCAUUCCAAACAAAUAAGUGCUCCAAGGAUAGUCAAAAUUCGCUCACGUCUAAAGUUGCAACAAUUUCUUCCAGAGAGAAAAACCUAUCAAAAUCAAUGAAUACAGCUAUACCAGACAUAAACGAAGAGCCUUGUGACCUUCUUACCGAGGAGGGUCCUGUGGUUGAUAGGGAGGCUAGCACAUCACGAACCCACAGCCUUGAAUUGGAUCACUUUCUUUCUCAUGCAGAUGAACAUGUAAGGUCAAAUUCUGGCAAUAGCUCUUUUGGAUCAGAUCCUAGCAGCAGAUGGGUCAAACGACUCAAGUUGUGCACAUUGGGCUCUGCUCAUGGGACUGAGAGUACAAGAAUAGGAGAACCUUUCUCGCAUGAAAAAGUUAGCAGUAUAUUUGGCAAAAUUAUGAAAGAUAACAAAAUCCGUUCGGAACCGAAAAUGAUAUAUCAUGCUGAAGGACAGAUGGUGCCGCAUAUACCUUUAACAGUAUCAACAAAUGGCAAGUCCACUUUAACUGAAGCGAAGAAAACUGUAGAAAUUACCCUUUCACAUCCCUGGAUUCGGAGAUGGAGUCAUAAUCGUGCUGCGUCUUCCCCAAAGAGGCAUGAAUUAGGGGAGUUUCAUGAACAAAAGUCUUCAAAUGCCGUGCCAGAAGAGUCUCAAAAGAAACAGUUUCCGAGCAUUGCUGCCAUGGCUCUGAUGGGAAAGGCAAUGAAUAGUUUGAAUCCAUCCGAGCUUAUGAAAAAGGGACCCGUGAUAGUUUGGAAUAUGAAGGGGUUUUGAAAUCGUUGGCCAUUGUUGAUAUAAAUUUCUUAUGGAGUUUAUGGUGGGUGGGCGAUUCUCAGGAUUAGUCCAAGAACACAUGAUUUGACAUUAUGGCUGCUUACUUCUGUACUCGAAGACUUGGAGAAGUUAGAAAAGCUAGGGGCCAUGUGUAGCCACAAUAAUGUUGAAUAGUUGCUCAUCUUACUUCCAUAUUCACCUGAGAUUUGGCUUAGUCAAAACACAAUAUAAGCGCUGCAUGCAUCUGAAGUAGUUAUGUAUCGGAGCGUGCAUUUUUGUGUAUGUAUAAAAUUAUUAUGCAAUAACUCAGGAUGGGAGAAAUGUCUCAAGAGGGAUUGGAUCCUUUCUUACCA